ACAGCUGCACGGAGCCGGCCGCCAGCGCCACCACCCACUGGCCACAGCCCACCUGCCACCCCGCAGCCCUCCUGCCCUUGUGCCCGGACCCGGCUGUGAGAGGCUUGUCCCCCAGCUCUGCUUCCGGCUGCAGCAUGAAUGGCCUGGAGGUGGCUUCCCCAAGUCUGACCACCAACUCCUCCCUGGCCACCGCAGAGCAAUGUGGCCGGGAGACGCCACUGGAGAACGUCCUCUUCGCCUCCUUCUACCUCCUGGAUUUCAUCCUGGCUUUUGUUGGCAAUGCCCUGGCCCUGUGGCUUUUCAUCCGGGACCACAAGUCGGGCACGCCCGCCAACGUAUUCUUGAUGCACCUGGCUGUGGCCGACUUGUCCUGCGUGCUGGUCCUGCCCACGCGCCUCGUCUACCACUUCUCUGGGAACCACUGGCCAUUUGGGGAAAUCCCGUGCCGACUCACCGGCUUCCUCUUUUACCUCAACAUGUAUGCCAGCAUCUACUUCCUCACGUGCAUCAGCGCUGACCGCUUCCUGGCCAUUGUGCACCCCGUCAAGUCCCUCAAGCUCCGCAGGCCCCUCUACGCACACCUGGCCUGUGCCUUCCUCUGGGUGGUGGUGGCCAUGGCCAUGGCCCCGCUACUGGUGAGCCCACAGACCGUGCAGACCAACCACACGGUCGUCUGCCUGCAGCUGUACCGGGAGAAGGCCUCCCAGCACGCCCUCGCGUCCCUGGCCGUGGCCUUCACCUUCCCGUUCGUCACCACUGUCACCUGCUACCUUCUGAUCAUACGCAGCCUGCGGCAGGGCCCCCGCGUGGAGAAGCGCCUCAAGAACAAGGCGGUCCGCAUGAUUGCCAUGGUGCUCACCAUCUUCCUGGUCUGCUUCGUGCCCUACCACGUCCACCGCUCCAUCUACGUGCUGCACUACCACGGCAGCAGCACCUCGUGCGCCGCCCAGCGCGUCCUGGCCCUGGGAAACCGGGUCACCUCCUGCCUCACCAGCCUCAACGGGGCGCUGGACCCAGUCAUGUAUUUCUUUGUGGCCGAGAAGUUCCGCGAUGCCCUGUGCAACCUGAUCUGUGGCAAAAGGCUUUCAGGCCCACCCCCCAGCUUUGAAGGGAAAACCAAUGAGAGCUCACUGAGUGCCAGGUCAGAGCUGUGA